AUAACCGGAAGAGUCUGUGUUUACAGCGCAGCUUUCGCUACACGUUAGCAUUGCUGAUUCGUCUAGAGUUGACUGGGGAUUUAUUCCGUGCUUUUUUCUAAACAUCAUUGACAUUUUUGUAUCAAUCGCUGAAUUUUGAGCGACAUUACAGUUAAUAUGGUUGUUUUGGGACAGAGGUGUCACCAACAACGAUAGCGAUGACAUGCUGGCUAACGUAGCGCUUUAGGUUGGCCAGUAAGGCAACUAUCAACAUUAGCUAGCCAAGUACUUACACAGCAGCAGCUUAUCCACGACAGUCAAACAGGUAACUGUGUGCUUACUUCGCCAUUUACAGCGAGUUUCUAUCUGCAUGUCAAACCACUGACAGCCUUGCAUUUUCUCUGGGCUUGCAUGAUUGACGUCCCUCUGCCGUCUACAUUGCCCCCCAGGUUGAGCAACAAGCGCGGCCAUGGGUGCGGAGAGCAGCGCGGUGCGGGGCUGCACCCUGGAGGAGCCGCUCCUGACCCUGCCCUCAGGACUCACUAUGUACUCGGCGAUGCUUCAGGAUAGAAAGCCCGCUUCCGUGUUUGUUCACAAGAGGGGAAAUGAAGACAAAGUCAACAAAGCAGCAAAGGUGGUUAUCCCAAGAUAUACUAGCUGUACUUUUGUCCCAACAGUAUUAGUAGUUGUUGUUAUGCCUGUAGUAACCAUAGUAGUUACUGCUGAGUGUGUUCCACUCUAGAGAGCUUCAUCCUCUUAGCACAAAGUUUGUUUGGUCAUUAAGAUCCAAUAAUAAAGUAAUUUGCCUCAUAAAUGGGGAUACACAAUAUUAUAGGCACCAUAUCAGCAGAUAUGAAAAUGUCAGAUGUAGGGCUGGGUGAUAGAACGAUAACGAUGUAUAUCGAAAACUAAUUUCUCUGGAUAGUGAUAUAAAACAUUGUCAAAAUGCCUUUUGAUAGUCAGUAUUCUGCCAUGUUUUGGUAGAUUAUACAAAAAGGGGAGCUGUUCUGGCUCUGUUUUGCGCUGAACCAAGCAUGUGCUGAAUUAAAACCAAGACGCAAACAACUUCGUAGUAGCAGGCUGCAGCUACAUGCAACUAUAGCACUUUAAAGGUCCUUUCACACCGGGACAGUUUUUGUUGUGCGAUUAUUUCGGAUGUCACUAUUUUUAUUGAACCUGCGAUAUUGCCGCAUUUAUUUAUUUAUAUUUUUUCGGAUCAUGGUCGAUUUUUUUCAAGUUUCGCAUCCACCUCUGACGAAUCAGAUUGCGUGUUGUUGUGAUGUCUGAUUUACCGGUAUAUCCAACAUGGCCGACCGGCUGAUUGUUUAUGUGUCUUAGAACAGAGUGCUUUUUGAUAAAAGACAGAAAUAUUACAAAGAUAAAGACUUGAAGGACAACUUGUGGAAAGUCAUACCGUUGGAUCUCUCAUAUGACGAUGGUUUGUGUGCUUUAACAGUUUGCAGCUGAAAAUAGCCGACCAUUCCGCUUUCUCUAGCGCAUCGCCUUACGACAAAACAUCGAAGAGACAUAAAGACCUCACAGAGGCAGUAGCUUAUUGUAUUGCAGAAGACAUGCUACCAAUAAACACAGUUAAGUUUCAUUUAAGAGUAACAGGGAACAUUUAAGAUUUACAAGUGAUUUCUUUUAUAUCGUGAUAUAUAUCAAUAUCGACUGAUAUGAAAAAAAUAUAUAUCGUGAUAAACUUUUUCCCAUAACACCCAGCCCUUGUCAGACGAUAUAAACAGCUAAAAAUAUUUCUUAAACAACAGCAGUCACAUAACUGAAUGUCUAUGUAUGGAAUAGAAGAUAUCUAGGAUUUAUGCUACAAUCAAAAUCAUGGGGAAAAAAAUAAAUACUUUCAUUUCCUGCAGCAUCUCAAAACCCUGAGGCACCCAUGCCUGCUGCGUUUCCUUUCCUGCUCGGUGCAGGAUGGUGGUAUCCACCUGGUGACAGAGCGUGUGCAGCCCCUGGAGCUGCUGCUGGACAAUUUGUCCCCUGAAGAAAUCUGUGCAGGCAUCUAUGACCUCCUGCAGGCACUUGUGUUUCUACAUGAGAGGGUGAGCAUUAAAGACGCAGUAAAUAGUUUGUGGGGUUGCAAGUGAUCUCCACAUAAAUAUUUUAAUGUUCGCUCUAAGGCAUGCCUCACAGCCACUCUGGAACAUUGCAUUUAUUUCUCUCUUUCUCUUUUUCUCUCUACCCCCAGGGUAAAUCAAGCCACAACAAUGUGUGCAUUUCAUCUGUUUUUGUCAGCGAAGAUGGUCAUUGGAAAUUAGGAGGGAUGGAAACUGUGUGCAAGUUCUCUGAAGCAACACCUGAGGUAAAUGAUGGAGUUUAAUGACGUCUCUGUGUGUUAUUUAUCUCCUGGCUUCAUUUAAUGGAAAAGUGCUUUUGUGAGACAUUUCUAGACCCAAGCUUUUUAUCAUCUUUUAAAAUUUGAUUUUCAAAAACAUUCAACUCCUCAGUUUCUAGCAAGCAUGAAGAAUGUGAGAGAGGCCAGCUGCAUUCCUCCAGAAGAGCAGGUACGUGGAUUAGAGGUCACAAAUCAAAAAGAAAAACACGACUCCCUUUAUUGUCCAAAAGUUCUCACUAAAACCUAUUGUUGUUAGGUUGAAGACUUAAAAAUGCUUCAGGAUAAAAACCCUCACUCUCGGGACUGUUACUCAUUUGGAGUGAUGGUGGAAGGCCUUCUCUCCCUGCUGGAUGGUUACGGUGAGAAAAGAGACAGUCUGUUAUAUUUUGUAGCUUAUAGAGGAUGCCCAUGACCAUAAAUUUUUAGAUUACAUUUGUAAAUGCAGGUCCUGACACUUUCCUCUAUUGUUUCCAGUAUCACAGGAGCUGUCUGACAGUCUGAGGAAAACCCUGCAAGUAGGCCCACUGAACUCUGACCCCUCAUCUCGACCUCCGCUCAGCUCCUUGCUCACUCAUGACUUUUUUAGGUAUGUUAAGUUUUAUUUGCUUGGAGGAUGUUUACAGUGUUUACCAAAGAUUUGUUUUUAAAUAAACAUUUUUGUCGAUUGUGUGAAACAGAAAUGACUUUUUGGAAGUGAUGAACUUUUUGAAGAGCCUCACCUUGAAGACGGAGGAAGAAAAAAACGAAUUCUUUAAGUAAGAAACUGUAAUGUGUGUGUUUCAAUGUUUUUAUACAGGGGGUUAAAAAAUUACUGCUAUUAGGGAUUUACUUCACAUUCUGUACACAAUAUGCUCAUUGUGUAUUUUAUUUUCUGCAGGUUUCUUCUAGACCGGGUUCAGAAUCUCCCUGAGGAGCUAAUAGCAGCACGCCUUGUUCCCAAACUCCUCCACUCUCUUGUUUUCGCUGAACCGAUGGCUGUCAAAAGCUUCCUGCCUCAUCUUUUAAGGCCAAAGAAGGGUGGGAUGGCAUUAAAGUGAACUCAUUCUCUCUUGCUGCUAAUAAUAACUCUGAUCUUAAAUCUCCUAUCAAAGAGAAAGAAGCUGUCGGACUCAACAUUUGUGCACAACUUUGAAUAGUUUGUUGCUCAUGCUUAUCUUCAUUUGUCUUUGUGGGCAGAUUCCACUGUUGGUGGAGGUAGUGUUGAAGAAUGCCUGCUGUCUGUGUCGCUUUACCGGAAACAUGUGAUUCCUCAGCUACUCAAGCUUUUUAAGGUCAAUGAAGAACAUAUACGGAUCGUGUUGCUGGCUCACAUCCAUAUCUACGCUGAGUUCUUUUCCCACGAUGAACUCAAAAACCAGAUCCUACCUCAGGUUGGGUGUUGACAGAAGAUUUUUCAUCUCCACUGUCACUCAUAAACUUUACUGUGCAGUUCUUGCUAAGUUUCCCUUCUUUUUGUUUUUUUUUUUGGCUGCAGGUUUUGCUAGGAAUGAGAGACACCAAUGACUCCCUGGUUGCCAUGACGCUGCAGAGUCUGGCAGUGUUGGUGCCCCUGCUGGGGGCUCAAGUGGUUGUGGGUGGAGAGAGAAGCAAGGUCUUUAAACGCACCACGCCCAACUUUACCAGGUCUACAGAGGUCACUCCAGAGAGUAAGUUACAUUGACUACAAAUGUCAAUAGAACCAUGAAAGCUGCUCUUUGGUAAAUAUUGUAUAUUUGGAGAUAAACACAACCGCUUAUCAAAACAUUCAAAUGUAAUGUAGCAUUACACAUCUAGAUGUCUACUGCAUAAAUUCUGCUUGAAGUCUUUGAUUCCUGCUAUGAUAAGAUAUUCAGGGAAAUACCGAAGGUGUCAACAAAAGAGGUAGUAAUGUUUUUUGGAAGAGUCAUACUCAGCCCCAAGCCCCUCCUUUUCUAGGUCUGUGUUACAAAACAAAACUGUCAUAAAACCAUGUCAUUAAGUUUGAAUCACCAAGUAUGUGAAAUGAGGCAUCAAAGUCGUGACAGAAUGAGCUGUAAUCUCUGUUCUUUGACAGCAAGGGUACAUUAGCUUGAUGUGUGAAAGCCGUCCCCACCCACCACUCCUAAAUGUCAGUCAAGUCCACAUACAGUAUGGUCUGAAAUAUAUGGACUUGUUGACCCUGGACUGAUUCCCAGUCAAUUUUGAGGAGUGUUUGGACAUUCAAGUAAUUUAUGUUGUGUAUUCUUUGUUUCCCUGCUUGCACACUAAAAUGACCUGCCAGACACACUCAAAUGCAUCACAGAGAAACAGACUGAUUUCAACAUAUCGAGGUUUUUUGAUCAGGUAUUUGUCAUGCCGCUCCAGCACUCUGAGCACAUUGCCUAGUAGCAUAACAGGAACCUGUUAGGCCAGUAAUAGCAAAGAUACACCUGCUACAAUUACUCCAAUUCAAACAUAAGCUCUCCUUUUAUACUGUAAAGAUCAGAGUUAAAUUAAGGAGGCUCCAGUGCUUCAUGAAGUAUGUCUUUGAAACCCACCCAAGAAAUCCUCCGCAUGAAAAUUCAGAAAAUCUGUUAAACUGUGUAACUUCAAGAUGCAACAAAUACAAUCAAUUUAGAAACAAUUCUCCAUAUUCACUUUUCACUUUCUUUAAGUUAAUUUUAAAUAUGCAUAUGUACCAGAUAAGAGACAUUAAUACAGCUAUGAUAGUUUGACUAGCAGAGAUUCCUGCAAAAGUAUUUUGAGAUAGGCUCAAGGUUAUGGCUCAGACAAGGCAACAAACAGGUUUUUUAAGUGAACAUGUUUCAACCAGAAGAUCUGGAUAUGGAUAUUUGAGCGUCACUUCUGGAAUCCCUCAUUUACAUACGUAUAAGCACCAAGUGUGAGAAAUACCAGUCAAUAAACAGAUGAGUGUGGGUAAAUUAUUGGUAAGACAAACAUUGUUUAAGAAUAUCGUUUGUUUAUCAUUUUUCUGUACCUUUUCUUUCUUAAAGCGUCUCCUGUCCACAUCGUUGGAAGCUCCCACCCUCAGAUGGCUCAGCCUUCAAAGGGCUUAAAUCUAUUUCCCAAGCAGCCAGGGAGUGAAGGCCUGGUCCUAGGUCACAUGGGAAGCCUAGCCAGUGGUAGAGAGACUCCGAAAAGUUACCCCCCUGCUGCAAAAUCAGGUAUGACCAUCAAUACUUAUUAAUUUUAAUAGAUUUAAAACUGACAUUGCUGUGUCUCCAACUAUGUCCAUUCUUUGUUACUUUGCAGAUGUGAGUAGACAGAUGUCUCUACCUUUGAAUGGUUUUCAUCAGGUCAAAGAGACAGAGCCACUGUCAUACAGCCCAGAGAAGGCUGACAGACUAGAACGCUCAGCUGAAGACUGGCCUGACUGGAGCGACCCGGAGGAGGGUGAGAACAGAGACGGGCAGCCAGUCCAAAUCCACAUUCAGGCCUCAGAAAGAGAAGAUCCAGUCGGCAGAGGGCUGUCUCUCUCAAACCCUAACAUGGAAGAGGAGCCGUGGGACGACUUUGAGGACCCUGAACUUACCUCGGAUCUAUCCCCCACAGCUCCUACAUCAGAUUUGACCCCCAUAGCUCCUUUAUCAGAGCCAGUUAUUCUGACACCGUCCAGAGAGAGCUCUGCUACACCUGUGACACACGCACCUGAAGCACUGAGACUGAGUUCUUCUAAACCCCUCAAACUGACCUCAACACUGAGACAAUCCACACAGAGCAUGACCACUUCCUCAUGGGACGGUGGCUGGGUUCAAGAAGAAAGAAACUCACACAAACCUUUAAACCCCAAGUCUAAACAUACCGCACCACUAAAGAACGACGGGAUAGGAGGCCUGGGGGAGGAGUUUACUAUUACAGUGAAGAAGAAAGUAGAGCAAGACCCAGAGCUGGAUUUGUUCGCAGAUAUGGUGCCAGACAUCAAACUGUCCUCAUCAGCUCUGCUGCCUCUGGAACAGACACUAGAAAGCGUCAGUGGUGCGGGACUCUCCGCAGCUUCGUCAGAAAACACGAAAUCUGUGGAGUUUGAUCCAUCUAUAGAUACUGUAACACUCACUGCCAAGUUUGCAGCUGCCAACCCGACUGAGGUGAGAGUUCCUGGUUCUUAUUUUUCUCUAUGACUGGCAUUAAGAAGAAGCUGUGCAAUACAACCAGAAGUAGUUUAAAGCAUGUUUUGUAAAAUUUAAAAAAGCAUAUUUUUAAACAACAGUAAGCAGGAGUGCUCGCAAAUCUAUGUCCACAAAUAAAAAUGAAAGUUUCUACUGAUGGGGUUUUCUUUGCUUUUAAAAUCCUCUUUUAGUUCUGAUAAUUGUUCUGUGUAUUUUUCUCUAACAGGGUGAGGCAGAUGGCUGGGGAGAUGGAGAUGACCUCAACUGGGAGGAUGAGAAUGCCUGGUGAUGAUGUUUAAUACAUCUCAUUUAUCUGAAGUAAAUGACCACUUAUAGACUCAAACUCUCAAGUUUCACCAUCUCUGGAAACAACCAUUUGAAAUGGGACUGUUCUAAUGUAACAGCAUAAUGCAGUAAAAUCAUGAUGGACUUGAAGCUAAUAUCCUAUGCUGUUCACCCUUGGACAUUAAUCACCGGUCUGUUCAUUUAGAGAACUUAAUUUUAACUGGAAGGAUCAGAAGCAACUGGAUACUGGUACUGGAUUUAGACAAAUGAAGAUCUGACGAGAGGAGAACAUUAUCCUGUUUUCAUCUGAUUCUUUUUUCUUUUUUUUGUUUGUUUUUGUUUUUUUUAAUGUGCCAAAUUUAUGGAAGGCAUGAAGCUCAACAUACACCUUUUGGCAAGAGACAACUUGUCCAUCAUGUGUCCAGGUUGAUUGACAGAAAGCUUGCACUUUGAAUGAAUGUGAAAUAGGAUUAUCCUUUAUAAUUUAUUAGUAGCUUUUUGGUUGCUGGUGAAAGUAAAGAUUUUACUGUAUCAAACUCGACCCUGCUGUUUUGUAAAAACUCUGAUUAAAUACAAGUUUCUUCCAACACUGAUUAUCAGACAGGAUUUUAUCCAAUGAGGGCGCACACAUAGACUGUAUAUACUAUGGACAACUUGGUUCUGCCUUCCACCAGUAUACAAUGAUGAAGCUGAAAAGCUCUCGGUAUUUCCAGGUUUUUUUCUCCACUCCCUGAAACCAACAUUGCACUGUAGCGUAUCCCCCCGGGUGAGCUACGCAACUUUUGUACCCCCAUAGGCGGUAUCAAGUGUCAAUCACAGAAAACAUGAAUCCCGAAUAACUUAAAAACGGAGCUUCACAGAAAAACAGAGGACUUGAGCACAAACCAGUCUUACAUGUCUACAUGUCAACAUCGCAACCAAGGGGGAGAAAAAAUUAUAUUCUGUGUAAUAAAUUUCUAAAGUUUGUCCACAGCUCCAUAGAGAUUGCUGGAGGAGGCGAGAUUUAUGACCUAUACUGCAGCCCGUCACCAGAGGGUGCUGUUCUCAGUGUGGUUUCACCCAGCAAGGAGGCAGAAGACGUCCAUUCUAUAUACAGUCUCUGGGCUCACAGAAUAAAUCUGUCUUCAAGCACAAAUUAGUUAGCUUGAUGGGUAAAGACCUCGGUUUCACUUCUAAAUAAAGACAAGAGAUUAUAUUUUAACAAAUUUAAUAAACAAUAACAAUCAUGACUGACCACAGAUAAAAAAGUUUGAACAGCAGCAAACAAGAAAAAAGACUUUCACACCCUUGAAUAGAUGUAAAACAUUAGUGUAAAGUAAAAAACCUUGAGCCACAAAAAGAAGUUUGGCAGCUAGCUCGGCUCUGUGGAUGUUCUGAAGCUGGUAAUGAGGGUCUGCAGCUCCUGCAGUCGAGACUCCAGCCAUUGUGGAGGUGGUGCAGCACUAUUUGCCUUACCCUCAAUGAGAGCCUGAAGAGCUUUCAAAGCACUCUCAGCUGUCUGGAUGUAGCGGCUGUACUCUUCCUCCGCACUGGUCUCCUGCCGAGCUCUCUUUGGACACGGCUGAGAAGAAGGAAAAUGACAUCUGUUGGUUAAACUUUUAAUCAAAACAAUAUGUCUGAGUGGGGGGACACUGGCUUGUAGAAAUAUAGUUUUGACUUGCUGAGAAGGAAAUGAUGUAAAAACUACUAUUUUGUUAAAUAAAUAUACUUUUUUACAGA